CUUUCACUUUCUCUCACGCGAUUCUUCUGAGUUCCACCGGUCAAGUUCGCAGUUCUAGCCUUCCAGCCCUCCGAGCCAAGUAAGCUUCUCUUCUUCUCCUAUUUCUUUUCACGGUCAAUGUCUUCCUCUGAUAGUCAGGACAUUUCCUCCUCGGAUGCCUACACAUCUAAGGAAUCCCCAACCUCUUCUUCCUCGACCGGGUCAUCUUCACCCGAUCUUCGACCCCUGUCGGUCCCCAACACCACUGUCCCUGAACCGCAGCCCGUCAACCAAAUGCUCGGUCAGGUUUUUCAGGAGAGAGAUGAAUCGGCCGAAGAUGAGCCGGUCCCCUAUGACCCUGACAACAAGUCAUAUGAAGAAUGGGAGGACCGGCUGGAAGCGGUCGAUUACUUUCCCCUCCCUACCAGUUACCCCUCAAACAUCUACCCCCAUGUUUCUAAGAUUGCCCAAAAUAAUGCCCGCAGGAACCUCCCAGAGGGGUAUAUCCUAGAAUACGACCCCAACUGGCCCAACAUCAUCAAGCCUCACCGGGAUGAUAGGGUAGGGCUUCAUAUCAUUUCCUUGGAAAGCGGCACCGUCUUCCCCCUUCGUCCCCUCCUGGUAGAAUUGUGCCACUGUUUCAAGAUCCUUCCCGGGAAAAUUACGCCCAAUGCCCACCGUUUUCUCAAUGCCUUUGUAAAUAUCUGUAUCCAUUUCAAGAUCAACCCUUCCCUUCGCUUUUUUCUUUACCUGUUUGAAGUCCUUCCCGGCAGCCACCACCCAUCCAUCGGCCAAGAGGAAGAGGGGGAAAACACCCCGGCUGCAGAGUCGCUAGAAGAGCUCUGUGUCAAAUUGACCCUCAAGCUGAAAGAGAUGGGCGAAGUUAGGUCUAAUGCCUUAGAGCAGCUCAUUGAAGAUUCUUCCUCCCGGUUAACCCAGUUGGAGGAGAACUUGAAGAGAGCCGAGGCCCACAACCGAGAGCUUCAAGAACUGACGGCUUGCCAGCUCGACGAGAUGGCCAACCUCUCAGUGGUUGCCGGGAAGGCAAAAUCAGAGAUCCUCCAGCUGAAGGAGGAGAAUACGCAGCUGAUGGGCGAAGUUUCUCAGUUGAAGGAGGAGGUGAAGCUGAAGGAAGAAGAGCUGCUCGGGAGAGACAAGCAAUGGGUGGGGGAAAACUUGGAGGAGACGGCCUGGGUGAUUUCCUCUACUCUAGAGAUGACGAUGGAGGCCUUCAAGUUCAUCUACCGGAGGAGCAAGGAAAGGAGAUGAUCACCCAGAUCGGCUCUUACGGCUUUAUGUCCUGGUAGAAAAGAGACCGGGAGGCUACACAUGCAAUCCUGGCUGAGCGGGACCCGGCCUUCUUUGCUGAAGCCUACGGUCUGGCCUCCAUCCCUGAUGAAGAACCCGAGCCUCCUUUCCCCUUAGAAUGAAAUCUCCCCGACUGCGCCCGGUUACCUUUUGUAAUGUUUGGAACAUCUUUAUUUGCCCGGGUAUGCCCGGUGUACUUGUAAACAUUUGACAUUUAAUUUUCCCCUUUCAAAUGCCAUGUUUAAUUCUCGUACCGAUUAACUCUGCUCUUGAGUGUUCCUUUCUUGCUAUCUUGCUUUUGCUCCUUAAAAUGUCUUCAUAAAUACUUUUAUCGGUA